GCUCACCCAGGGUCCGUGGGCGUCCCGGCGGCGCGCAGCGGCGGAGGGAGGGCCGAGGGCCUUGGCGGCUGUGACAGCGACUUUGGCGUCCGUGAGGGGCGGCCCCAGGUCAGGAUGCGGCGGAGCCCCCGCCCAGGCUCGACCGCGACCCCGCACAAGCACACGCCCAACUUCUACAGCGACAACAGCAAUAGCUCACAGAGCGCGAUUGUGGGGAACAGCGGCGGGCACCGCUCGGCUGGGCCGGGGCCCGUGGAGCCCGAAGGAAGAAGGGCCCGGGGCUCGAGCUUCGGCGAGCCCGCCCUGAGCCCAGGAGUGCCCGGAGGAGACACAUGUGCCGGAAGCUCUCGGCAGAAGCGGGCACCUCGGAGCCACAAGGGGCAGACCGCCUGUGGCGCGGCAACCGUGAGGGGCGGGGCCUCGGAACUGGCUGGGCCACCCGUAGUCUCUGAGGAGCAGCAGCUCAACCUUCUCUCCACUCUGGAUCUGGGACAGGAGAUGCCGACCCCGCGGGUGUCCAAGAGCUUCCUGAGCCUCCUCUUCCAGGUGCUCAGCGUGUUGUUAUCCCUGGUAGGAGACGCGCUGGUCAGUGUGUACAGGGAGGUCUGCUCCGUCCGCUUUUUGUUUACGGCUGUGUCGCUGCUGAGCAUCUUUCUGGCAGCACUCUGGUGGGGGCUCCUGCACCUGAUCCCUCCUUUGGAGAAUGAACCUAAGGAGAUGCUGACUCUAAGCGAGUACCACGAGCGCGUGCGCUCCCAGGGGCAGCAGCUGCAGCAGCUCCAGGCGGAACUGGAUAAGUUGAACAAGGAGGUGUCCAGUGUUCGCGCAGUCCACAGCGAGAGAGUGGCCAAGCUCGUGUUCCAGAGGCUAAAUGAGGACUUCGUGCGGAAACCCGACUAUGCUCUGAGCUCAGUGGGAGCCUCCAUCGACCUAGAAAAGACAUCCCACGACUACGAGGACACAAACACUGCCUACUUCUGGAAUCGCUUCAGUUUCUGGAACUACGCGCGCCCGCCUUCUGUCAUUCUGGAACCAGAUGUGUUCCCUGGAAAUUGCUGGGCUUUUGAGGGUGACCAGGGCCAGGUGGUGAUCCGACUACCAGGUCGUGUACAGCUGAGCGACAUCACCCUGCAGCACCCGCCGCCCAGUGUGGCACAUACAGGGGGAGCCAACAGUGCCCCCCGUGACUUCGCAGUCUUUGGCCUCCAGGCUGAUGAUGAGACUGAAGUUUUCUUGGGGAAGUUCACCUUUGAUGUGCAGAAAUCUGAGAUUCAGACUUUCCACCUACAGAAUGACCCUCCGUCUGCCUUCCCCAAGGUGAAGAUCCAGAUUCUAAGCAACUGGGGUCACCCACGUUUCACAUGCUUGUAUCGAGUCCGUGCCCAUGGUGUGCGGACCUCAGAGGGGGAAGGGGACAGGGCCACAGGGGCUACUGGGGGGCCCCAUUAAACAUGCUGAUGGUUGGAAUAUAAUUGAGCUCUGUACUGAAGGAAGUUGGAUCAAUGCUGGGAAGUGCUUUGUUGGAGAUAGAUCUGGCUGCUUAAGGCAUAUGCCUGUGUAUCCUCUUUUUCGUGGAGAAACUCAAGAUAAAUAUAGUAGCAGCAGUAGGCUACCAUAUGCAUGAGACAGUGAAGCAGACAUUAUACAAGUUACUCAAGAAUCCUUAAAACCACAGAGAAGGAAAUUGCUUAGGUCAGAAAACUUGUUCAAAGUUGUGCAGCCAGUGAAAACAA